AUGACGAACGAUACCGUACUCACCGACGACUACGUCGCCGAGCUCCUCGCAAAGGAAGCAAACGACUGCUCGCUGAAAUACUCGAGCAUGGGCAUGGAGGCGUUCCGCUCCGACAAGAAACCGGCAAACAUGCCCAAGCCAAACACCCGCUUCCUGCGGCACAUCAUCAAGGACACCAACACGCACAACAAGAACCUCCUCGCCAAAGAGGCCGCCGAGUCGCAAGCGCGGCUGAAGAACCUCGAGCACGCCGAGGAGAAGGAGCGACGGAAGCGCGCCGGCCCACAGGACAUCCGCAAGCGACAGAUGGGCGACAUCAAGGCGAUUCUCGGCGGACACAAGGAGAAACCUGCACGGGCGGACGAGCGGUCGCAUAAGAAGGACGGCUCGCCGCCGCGUAGACGGCACAGGGACAGGAGGAGCGAGUCGCCCGAGCGUGGGGGCAGGAGACAUUACCGCAGCAGGGAUGAGUCGGACUCCGAACGCGAGGAACGCCGGAGGCAUAAGAGCAGCCGGCGGAGGUCGCGCUCGCCUGACGACAAGUCUAGGAGACAUCGUCACAGGUCGCCUCUCGGCAGCGGCAAGGGCAAAGACGGAGACGGCCAGGAUCUGAUGUCGGCGAACCAUAGGACGAGGAGAGAACGAAGCAAGGAGCGGACGGGGUUCUCGAUCAAAGGCAGCAGCCGGCGCGCGGCGCAGAGGCAGGAUUCCGCCGCUGCGUCGGACUCGGAUCCGCUCGACGAGUUCAUCGGUCCCGCACCGCCGGAGCCUGUACGAUCACGCGGCCGCGGCGCAGCGUCAGCGUUGUCCGGCAUCGACAAGCGCUUCGAAGCAGACUACGACCCGAAGAUGGACGUGGAGAUGGAGGAUACAGCCGGCGCCGGCGCGGAGAACUGGGACGACGCCGUGGAGGCCUUUAGGGAUAGGCAGAAGUGGCGGCAGAACCAGGAGCAGCGGAUGCGGGCGGCCGGGUACGGCGAGGACAUGAUCAAGAAGUGGCGGACGGGCGAGCAGAAGGACGAAAGGGACGUGCGAUGGGCCAAGGCCGGGGAGAAGAGGGAGUGGGAUCGUGGCAAGGAGGGUGGGAUGAGCGGGCUGUUUUCCGAGUUUAACUGA